AUGCUUGUCUUGCUUGCCUCCGUGUCAUGUGCCAUUUUGUUCCUCCGGUCCUCUGGGAGAAGAGAAGAUGGAAGCGCACAUGCGGUGGAGGAGUUGCUCAACGAUUACACGGUGCCGCAUGUAAACGAUGUGCCGAACGACAUGAUCGACCACGGGAUGGGCAGACAGUUUGCGUACUCAGAGGGGGAUCAGGAUGUUAGAGAGUACAACUUCAUGCAAAACAAGAUGAAUCGUCUGCAGUCCAUCAUCGACUCAAUCCAUAACGGACCUGUGGGGGCACCUUUGCCACCACCACCUCCUCCUCCAGCGCCAGGGCCGCACUGUGGAGGGCCUGGUGGUCCCGAAUGCCCUGGACCAAACCCUCGUGGAGAGGAAGUUCUGAGCUACUCCCAAAGGAUCUAUCGCCUACUCGGCGAGCUCCAGGUUCUGAUCAACCGAGCAGCAAAGAGGCAAUAUCACCUGGAAGACGAGGUUUCUGAGGCCAAGAAGCCGAGAGGUUCUCCUGGCUUCAUCGGCCCUCCUGGGUACCCCGGCGAGUCAGGACCAGUUGGCCCGGAGGGUCCGCCAGGAGAGCCAGGAGCUCCAGGGAUAGACGGCAAGCCAGGGAUCCCUUCCAAGGUUGCUGGCCCAGAGGGUCCGCCGGGAGUUCCAGGAAGCCCCGGGUUGGAUGGAGUAGAUGGGAUCCCGAGCUACGAGCCAGGGCCUAAGGGGCCUCCGGGUGCCAAGGGAGAGACUGGCCCUCCAGGACCUCCAGGGCUGCCAGGGAGGCAGGGGGCGGCAGGGCGAGAUGGCCAGGAUGGGAUGCCAGGUCCCAUCGGCGCCAUGGGCAGGGAUGGAACUCCCGGAUACAACGGCAAGGACGGAACUCCAGGAAUGCCAGGACGAGAGGGAAAACCUGGACGACCUGGGCCAGACGGCUUCCAAGGGCCUCCCGGUAAACCGGCUCCAGCCUAUGGUGCUCCCGGGAUCUCAGGGCCUCCUGGUCCACGCGGGUAUCCUGGUUCCCCCGGACCGCUGGGCAACAUCGGAGCGCGAGGAGAGGUGGGGUACAGGGGCAGACCUGGACGAGACGGUCACAAGGGCUUGCCUGGGAAAGAGGGAGUGAUGGCUUUGCCUCUGGGGGAGAUCAGGGUGUUUGGCGGGUCGACUCUGCCCACGGAUCGAUACUGCCACUUUCCCUUCUACUUCAACGAUCAGAUCUUCACGAGGUGCACAACUCAGGGCCGAGAUGCUCCAUGGUGCUAUGCCGACAAGGAGCAGACGAGAUGGGGAAACUGCGAACAGUACAUUGAGGUGGAGGAAGGCGAGGAGGACGACAACGCGACAUCCUGCAGCUUUCCCUUCCUGUACGAGGGCAAGAUUUACGGAAGUUGUGUCGACGGCCCGACGCCCAACGGGACGCACGUGCCCGGCAACCUGUGGUGCUUCACCGACAGGGAGCAGACGACGUUUGCGUCAUGCAAGGUGGAGGUGGCAGGAGGGACGUCGUUACCUGGAGACACAUGCAAGACUGCCUGCACGACGGAUUAUUCGGCAAGGCCAUGGUGCUACACAGCUAACGACAAGUCAAGGUGGGGUGUCUGUCUCUUCAAGGAGAGGAGGGUGGACGGGUCGUGGGUUUACGUAUAA